AUGUCAAGCCCGCCAUCACCACCUAGAGCGCUGGCACCGGAGGGCAUAUUGACCUCAUCAACAACAACUUCUGGAGCCCCAGCGCCCAGACUCGCACUUUCUCUCGACACAAACCCUGCUCCAGUACCAGCUGGGUCGGUACCCGCGACCGGCUCAGGAUCAGACACAUCACCGGCGCAUGGCACGUCACUGUCGGCUUCGUCAGACCUUCGCUUGACCGGUCUCAGCGUAGCCACGACUCUCAGCCUGCCGGGAGCGCCAGCAACUGCUGCUGAGUCACCUGUGCGUAGCGGACGCAGAUCGAAGACGCAUGUCGCCUCGGCAUGCAUCAACUGUAAACGUGCGCACUUGAGCUGCGACGUACAACGUCCAUGCGCGCGAUGUGUAGCCUCCGGCAAACAGGACACCUGCAUUGACGUGCAGCACAAGAAGCGCGGUCGGCCACGAUUGCGAGAGGAAGGUGAGCUUCGCGUGCAGCAGCCAGGACCUGUGCGUACAGCAGAACCUGUCAUAGCUGGUCCAGCGACCUCCGCAGCACGACCGACUGCGGAAACGAGACAUAGACGAGGCGAGUCCUUUCGAUCGCUAAGGUCUCAAGCCAGCGACGAAUCUACAGGUUACGCAGCCACUACUCCGAGACAGUUCUUAUCGACGGCUCUGCCGCCACCAUUUGCUGCUCAGCCGCUCGCGCCAACGCCUGCGCGGCCUGCUUUUGAGAUAGCAACAGCGCUGCUUAACACCGAUAUGGUUAUCAUCCGCGCAAACAUACAGUUCGAACAGAUAUUGUUCGGUGGGCAGCCCGUUCGUGGCCGUCACAUCUCUGACAUUGCUACUCCUGCCGACGCCGAGAGCUUCCUGACUAUACGCAACAGACUACGAGCAGAGCGUGAGUCACGCGAGCCGACCUUCAUGCCACCUAUAUUGCGGCCCGGUCAGGAUCCCUUGGUUGGCAUCCCAGAGACUGACGCCGACCGCUACACACAGGGUCUCUCGGACCGCACAUACAUAUGGACGUAUGCGCAGCCGGCGGGAAGAUUCGAGACGUUCCCCGUCAGAGUGAGACAAGCAAAGGCAAGCACGUACUUUGUGGUGGUAACCCUCCCAUCAUUUAGGCCAGUGGAGCCUCGAACCUCACCCAUGUACCCAAUGCACGCGCCUCCGCUGUUGUUCGGACCUCCGUUACAGACCCACUCCGCACUACCGCCCCGUCAGUCAGGAUCUCUGUCUGCGCCGCCGUUCACACCGUUGCCGUUCGCUAGUCCAACUGCGAUGACCCAACCACAAGGGGAUCCAAUACAGGCUCUAUCUUCGCGAACCUACCCACCACCUCAACCGUUUCUACCCUACCAAGCACAACAGCAGCCACAACCAAUGUUCUAUUCGACAGCGCCACUGACGCCGCGGUUACCAGUAGCCGAGCCUCCUACUGAGCCUACGGCGUUCACGCCUAGAUCACUUCCUAUCGAAUCCCUACGUGUUAUGGAGGCACCGCCUUUGAAUUUGCCGCCUAUAGGCGCACGUCCUGUUACUGCAGGUCCAUCUGCGUCGCAAGAGAUGAAAGGUUUGUCGGAAGAGGAGGACGGCGGCCCCAAUCUCCGUUCGCCGAGAAAGCGGCGGCGUGUUGGCAUUCGCGACGUUCUACAGCGAUGA